GCGUGCGCGCGCGUGGAGAAAAUACCAACACUUUUGGGGACACGUUGCACAGCUGACGUAUUUCUACACAUACACUAUGGCACAUGUUAAUGUCGUUGGCCAAAGAAUCGAAUACAACACGUAAAACAGUACGUAAUCGUACGGUUAGCGCGAGAUAGCUGUACACAGCAAACGUGAAGAAGAUCAAACUCUGUACGAGAUCAUUCAAAUAACCUCUCGACGUUGUCGGUGACGUUUAAUCAACACCGAAUGAGCCCAGGAAUCGCACACUACUGAGUUCAUCAUCUUUCCUGUGAAAGAUGUCGUUGACAUUUCAACAGAUUAUUUUGGAUGCCAAAAAACUGGUCAUACGAAUUUCAGAUCACGAGAAUACAGCAGAUACUCUGAUAAGUGAGGUAGAAGCUGUUUGUGGACAAAUUGAUAAUAUGAAGCAAUACCAAGAAGAAAUAGAAAUUUUAAAUACUGAAGCUAAACAAAGACCACAUCUACAAUUAAUUGCCGGGAUCCAAAGAGAAAAUAGACAUUUAAGAGAAAUACAGGCGGAAAAUAAAGAGUUGAGGAAUGCAUUGGAAGACCAUCAAAAUGCACUUGAGCUCAUAAUGUCCAAAUAUCGACAGCAAACUGCCUCUUUAUUACGUCUCAGUAAAACUGAUUUUUCAUCGUUACAUAAUUCAAAGUAUGCUAACAUCAUAACCAGUCAAGCAGAAAAAAUUAAUGAAAUGGCAGUUGUAAUGAAAACUGCUGCUGCUUUAGACGAGGAAAAUGAAUUAAAGGAGAAAGAAGCAUUUCAGUCUUUGAAAGAAGAGAACGCUGUGCUCCGUGAAAUAGUCAAUAUUGCAAAUAAGUAUGGUUCCAUAAACAAAGAAUGUCCUGUAGAAAGUAAAACCGUUCAAACAGAUCCGUCGAUAGAUUAAAGAAAUUUGCUAGAGUUCUCGAUCCUUUUUAUAAAAGUUGACCAGUAUUUAUUUCGUAUACAAAUUCAUUACACACAUUACAUAAAAUAUUAAUAUUAGAUAGAAUCUAUUACUUAUAUGGACAUGAAGUGUACAUGCAAGUUGCGUAAUAUAUGUAU